CAAGCUCCCACAUAUAUUCACGCCUACUUAAGGAAAUGCUCUUUCGUCCUCUUUUUCUUUUUUGUUUCAGAGAAAGAUUAUGCGCUACAUAUACCUACAUUAUCUUAUCCAUUUUUCUAUUUUCUUAUCAAUUUACCGAUUAUUACGAUCUUAAAUCGGUAGCCCGUUAAUAUGUCGCAAGCGAAAUAGGUCUUACUCAUUAACACAAAUACGAGAAAAUAGUCUUAACGACUUGUCGAUUCGAAUAUCAAUAUGAUUAUUAAAGUAUGAAAAAUUAGACACCGAAAUUCUUAAAUCUCGAUUAGAGAGAAUAACCUAAAUUACACGUAGAGAGCACUUUUACAUGCAUAUAAGAGGAUUACUCGGGAGCAUUGCCAAGUGAAGGUAAUCUAUGCGAUAAAGCGAAUCGGCUGGACGAUAUUCGAAAGGAUGAAACGAAGAGAAAAGAAUCGAUAACGACAGAGAUAAUUAGCUUGUCGAUUAUAUAUAUAUACGUAUGAUUAUAUAUAUAUAUAUAUAUGUUCAGCGAUACUAUUCCUCGAUAACGAGUAACUUUUAGACUUUCUCAGUAUUACAAACACGCGUAUUCUUUUCUCUCUUCUUAUUUCCAUUCGUUAUUUCCUCACUUUUAUAUCAAAGGAUGAUAAAAAAGCACGGCUCAUUCUCUUCUCAAGCACUCCUUUCUUUCCUCUAUUCAAGGAAAAUCGAUAUUACGUAGCUUUACCAUUAUAAGCAUGAUCGUCGCUUUGUAUUUUCCAUUUUCUUCAUCCCCGAUCUCGAUUCCGAUAUGUUUGUAUCAUUAACUUAGAAUAGAGGAAAAAGCAAUGACAAUGAAACAUCGUUUCUCGUUUCCUUCCAAAUUGGAAUUCUGUCAUCGCGUCGUUCCUCGUAAGUUUCUUACUAAAGUGGUACAGGGGAGGUGGGAAUGGAGAAACGAGAUCGAUUGAUACGAUGGUAUAUUGCGUGUAUCGAUUAAAUAUUCGAUUGCUAUCUCAAAACAUCCCCAUUAUGAAAAAGGAAUAUCGAUGCAAUGCGUUGUCGACGUGGUUCGCGAGAGAAGCCAUUUGCGUUUCUGAAAAGGAACCCCAAAAUGAAAAGCGACAUGUCUGUCGAUGGAAUCAGAGUUGCGGGGGUGGUAAGUAGCUGACGCGGUACGUGCCUCUUCGCGACGAUUAGUAGGAAUGUAUUUUUAGAAGGGUAAGUCAGCCGGUUUACGCGUCACGUGAUAUUUUAGAGAAACGUCAGACGCCCCUUCUCUCCUUUCCGAAAGAUCGAGGUAGACUAUUUAAGCUCCCGGCGCGCUUUUGUCGAUGCGAAUUAGAAAGUGAAAUCACAAUUUACCGGGAUCUAUCGGGAUCGUUCGACCGUCCAUAUCGUUUCUCUCUACUCUCUAUUUUUUCCAAGUGUUUAGAAUUCACCGUUCUCUCGAGAAAAGAAAGAACAAAAAAAAAUGUCCAUCGUACCGCUCGUGUUCCGCGACUGGUGGGAGGAUAUGGACCGUCCUGUAUCACGAAUCUGGGAUCAAUACUUCGGUAGAGGACUAAAUCGAGACGAUUUGAUCUCCGAAUUUUCCAACCUCGGCAUCAACCGACCAUUUCCAACUCCGUUUCGUUCACUUUUGGGGAACAACAACACGUACUACCGACCAUGGAGAACGGUGACACGACAAAACUCUGGUGGUUCGAGUACGAUCAAAAUGGAGAAAGAUAACUUUCAGGUAAUAUUGGACGUUCAGCAAUUCUCACCGGACGAGAUCACAGUGAAGACGGUCGAGAAGAACGUUGUGGUCGAAGCCAAACACGAGGAGAGACAAGACGAGCAUGGAUUUAUCAGCAGACACUUUGUACGGAGAUACGUUCUGCCCACGGAUUACGAUGCGAUCAACGUUACCUCGACGCUUUCCUCGGACGGUGUUUUAACGAUUACGGCACCGAGAAAGAAGCCCGAACCCACUGGAACCGAAAGAAUUAUAAAUAUCGUUAAGACCGGCGUGCCCGCGGAGAAAUCGCAAGAAACGAAAAUCGAGACUAAAGUUGAAAACGAAACGAAGGAACACGAAAAAUGAUUAUAAUAAACUCUCUACGAUCUUUCCGUAGAUAAUAUUUUUAUAUAAGUAUAUACCUAUGUAUAUAUAUAUCUAAGAGUAUACGAUAUAA